AUGGCUGCGCUGGUGCAGAUGGUGUCUUUCUCCAUGGCUUUCGUCUCCACCCUCUUCCUGGUGGCAGCCACUUGGACUGAUUGCUGGAUGGUGAAUGUCGACGACAGCUUAGAGGUCAGCCACAAGUGUCGGGGGCUUUGGAGGGAGUGCGUCAGCAACUUGAAGGACGGCAUCAAGACCUGUGACCCCUAUGAUUCCAUUUUAGCAGAACAUCCCUUGAAGAUCGUGGUGACUCGGGCCUUGCUGAUCACAGCCGACAUCCUCUCGGGCUUCGCUUUGGCCCUGCUGGCGCUGGGCCUCGACUGCAUCAAGUUCCUGAAGGACGAGCCGCAAAUCAAGCUGAAGAUGCGCUAUUCAUCUGGACUGGUGCUCGGGGUCGGAAGUAUCCUCGGACUGGUAGGCUCAGUGUGGUACGCCGUCGAUGUCUACUUGGAGAGGGUCAGACUCCUGUUACACAACGUGUUUGUGGGCGUCCAUUACGACUUCGGUUGGUCUUGCUGGAUGGGAAUGGCAGGCUCCACCGGAGGCUUCCUAGCAUCCGUCGUGUUGACUUGCUGCUUUUACGCCGUCACGGAUGCAGCUUUCUCCCAGAGACCUCAACGGCUCAUGUUCCGUUCACGGGCAGUCACCUGCAAGAUGUACGCUGUCGCUUCCCGAGUGUGA